CCUUGAUCUGCAGGCAUUGAGCCAGAGGGCUAUCUGGAGGCUGAGGGCAAAGAUACUUAGCCUACCACACUGCGCCAUCUGCACUCCUGGCCAGGAUGUGGAGUUGGACUUUGGAGAAGCAAGUCAUGGAGGGACAACAAUCGGACCCCUUCCCUGUGUCUUAUCCAUAGACUUGACCACAUUGUGAUGACAGUAAAGAGACUCAAAGACACCACUAUGUUUUAUUCCAAGAUCCUGGGCAUGGAGGUCAUGACUUUUGAGGGAGACCAGAAAGCAUUGUGUUUUGGAGACCAGAAAUUUAACCUCCACGAGGUGGGAAAGGAAUUUGAACCCAAAGCCACUCACCUGGUCCCCGGCUCCCUGGAUAUAUGCCUGAUCACAAAGAUGCAUUUGGAGGAAAUGGUCCAGUGCCUCAAGGCUUGUGAUGUCAUUGAGGAGGGUCCAGUUCCCAUAACAGGGGCAAAAGGGCCCAUUAUGUCCAUCUACUUCCGAGACCCUGAUGAAGACCUGAUUGAGGUGUCCCAACUAUAUCUCCUCAUGAUGGAGCUCACUCCUGCCAAGUGCUGCCUGCUGUUUAUUCCACCCAACUGGUUUGACUAAACUCCAAGAUCUCUGUGAUUCCCAUGGGGCCUUCAAGGGCCAGCCCAGAUAAUACUACCUCCUCCGGGAGCACCUUAGCUGGUUUCAGCCCUGCGGAAUGUGGCACUUUCUACGUUUGGAUCUGGUAGGUUCAGACUCAUCUCAACUGAGGCUCUGCUCCUGACAAGAGGAGACAGAUGGGACAAGAACAAAUUUUCUCUGUUUCUGUCCUCU